ACUUUGGUAUGUGUGUUGGAACUCAGUGGCUGCAUGUACCCUCAUUAGAUUAGCUGUUUUAAAUUGAGAGUUUUUUGGGACAUGUAAAGAAUAUAUAUCAUACUUUCACCUUUCAUCAGUCAAUGUGUUUUUGCUCUUACCUCAAACUAGAUUAACCGGUUUGGCACCCUUUUUAUUUACAUUCACAGGUUUGUGAAGACUGAAAACAAAGCUCAUUUUUCUCCUCAUUUGUAUCUUUGGGACUCUUGGAAUUACAGCUUUUUUUUGGAAGUGUUAAACUGACAUAAACUUCAUGUCAUGAUGAAGUCCACAAAGGAUUUAUUGGAGUUUCUGGACCUGAGUCAUCUGUCCACAGAUGAGGAAUUGGCAAUCCGACAGGUGCUUCAGCGAGAUGACAACCUCAGGAAGCGAGAGACUGGACGCAUACGUCGUCUGCAAAUCUCCAUUCCUGACCCUAAAAAGCUCAAAGUUAUGACCGGGGAGUGGUUUGAAGAACUCCGGACUCGUCGCUAUGGACGACAGUCAGACGUGACAGAAGUUCUCAAGUCUUCAAUGAGGAGAAAGAAGCCAACAGCCUUUAGGACUAGCACUUUCAGCGAUGUCGGACAAACAAAAAACAAAGAAGGAGAAAAGGAGAAUAAGGACCCUCAAACCAAGACUUCUGAGACCCAGACACCAGACACAAGUUUCCCCAACCUAUCUUUUCGUGAAAAGGCUAACCAGGAACUUAGCAAUGAGGAAAGCACUGUGGAUACUGACAACACCACUGUUGAUGUUCCUGAAUGGAAACAUCCACUCUACAGAUCUCAUGAGGGGCCUGCUAGUGAGGAAAAAUGUACCAACCCAUUUACAUCUCAAAAUCAGGAGAUGCCAUACUCUAGCACAACUGACACUGUCCACCAAUCACCAGACAGGAAACCUGGACAAGAAAACAAGACAGAAUCUGCUUAUAUUGCCAAUGUCGUUCUUGAGUCUCAGCUUGGUCCUAUCAACGUAUCUAGUCCCGGCCCUCAAACCAAACCAACAACCAAAUCCCUGGACACUAUUGUGAAUCUGAAGUCUAGCAGAAAGCUGGUAUUUCCCGCUGAGAUAAAGGAUGAUCCAGAGAAGAACAGCUCUGUAAUGUAUGUAGACCCCUAUGUAUGGACACAACCAGAGUUCAAAAGUAGCGUCAUAGAGGCCGAGCCAAAAGACAAAGAGAUGGCCAUAGGAACAACUAAAACAAUAGUGAUAUUGCCUAGGGUUGACACACAUAAUAGGUCAGAGGAUAGCACCAAUGGUUUUGAUGUUGAGCAUUCAGGGCAUGAGUCUCUCACUACUCCGUCUUUUGAGAUCUCGCCACAGAGCAGCCACAUAAGGCCAAAGCCAAAAGAGGUCAACUUUACCCAUGGAAAGACAAAUACCGCAGGGACUCCACCUAGUGGCACUCUGACCCAAUCAGAAGAUAAGUUCAACAACAGGAGACCUGACGAUGUAGUUUCAGAACGUGAGGGGCCUCAUAGCAUGCAAUCUUCAGAGGUCAAGUAUGAGAAGGAGCAAUUUCAGCUUGAAUAUGAAGAUAUGCUGGGGCUGGAAUAUGUUAGGCUAAACCAAGAUGUUUCAACAGAGAGCCAAGAACUUCAAACAGACCAAAACCACAGUGAAAUGCUAUCAUUUGAGGAUACAUACUCUCUCCAGAGAAAUGACCCUUUGCCUACCAUUGAGUCAUUCAAAUGUGUAGAGAAACCUCAGUACUUGCUCCAAGAGGGACCACAGGACAUACUCACCAUAGACAAACAUGUUCCUGUUGAUGAAUCAUCUAUCUUCAAAGAGGCCAGACCCAAGAAGGACCUAGUUUGUUCAGAGGAAUCUCUACCAUUUGCUGUUCAUGUUCAAGAUGAAGUCAUAAUUUCUAGCAAUCUCCAUACAUCAAAGGAGGACACUGGUGAGGACAAAGAGAAGGAAGUGUCAAAGUUUAGAAAUCAUUCUCUCUCACAGACUGCAAUUGUUGGUGGCAUGAAACACGUAACAAAGAUGAACCAUAGGGUUUCUCCAGGAGAUUUUGAUGAAGAAAAUAAACAAGAACAGAUGGAUGUGAAGAAGUCUACUGAAUCUCUAAGCAAAGCAGUGGAUGGGCAGACAUUUGUUACUUUAGAUGGAGAGGAGGUAGAUAUAUUUAAGGAAAGGAAUACUUUGGAGUCCAAGCUGUCUCCAAAUGGAGACUUUCAAAAAGUGAAUCAGAAGACUGGAAAAUGUCUCAUUCCCACAAUAGUGGUCAAUUCCUCUGAAUCCCCAGUGACAGAUGACACUGAAGAGCACCCAGCUACGUCUCAGGAACCACCUUCAGUGGUUGUUACACCUAUGGACACCUGGGAGGAUGAGGGUCUGGAUGAUGACUGCAGCUCUGUCUCCAGCUAUGGGUCUGACUUCUCUGCAAGAAGAGGUUAUGGCUCCAUAGGUUAUGGCCUCACUGGGCGCACUGGCAGUCUUCUGAGUGUGUACAGUGAGGCGGGGGACUUUGGGAGUGUGACUGUCCAGGGGGCAGUGGAGUUCUCGCUAAGGUACAGAAAUGCAGAGGAGCUGAUCGUCACAGUGGAGCAGUGUCAGGACCUUGCCUACGCCAACCCUCGCAAGCAGCGCACUGACCCAUAUGUGAAGACCUACCUCCACCCUGACAAAUCCCGCCAUAGCAAGAAGAAGACCUCCAUCAAGAAACGCACAAUUAACCCAGUGUUUGGUGGAGAGACACUGAAAAGCAUACAACCAUGCCGACAACCAUCCGUGGAGAUCAGUGUACAAAGGUUUGGACAACGGGCCGCACCAAAAAAAGCACAUGGUUCCACAGAAUACCAACUGGGAUGGAUCCUGAGGCAAAUGUGGCUUCUUCAUCAACAUCUGUAUGCUUUUGGUAAUAAAAUAAUGUGUUGAUCCAUACCUGGGUCUGCAGGAUGCAAAGUUCUUUGUUUGUCAGACUAAUUUUUGGGUCGAAACUACAGAACAGCACAUAACAAGAAAACACACAUGGUUAAUGUUCUGAAUAAAAUUGGUCAUGGCUCCUGAGUUGCGCUGCACAUCCUGCUGUGAUUGGGAGUUCCAUAGGGCGGCGCACAAUUGGCCCAGUGUCAUCUGGGUUUUUGCCAGGGUAGGCCGUCAUUGUAAAUAAGAAAACAUCACACUAGAGGCUUCAUUCUACGUUCUACUGACUGUUGACAUCUAGUGGAAGGCGUAGGAAGUGCGAACAGAUCCAUAUCUUAUUUGGAUGUAAAUAGGCGAUGAGUUGAAAAUCAACCAACCCCAGAAUUUCCACUUCCUGUUUGGAAGUUUGCCUGCCCUAUGAGUUCUGUUAUACUCACAUACAUAAUUCAAACAGUUUUAGAAACUUCAGAGUGUUUUCUAUCCAAUAGUAAUAAUAAUAUGCAUAUAUUAGCAUCUGGGACAGAGUAGGAGGCAGUUCACUAUGGGCACGCAAUUCAUCCAAGGUGAAAAUGCGGCCCCCUAUCCCUAAAAGGUUAUUCAAUAAAAAAUAUAUAUAUUUAUACAUAAUAUGUCUUGCAGAGCCUUUCCAUAAGUCCACUCAAAUUUCUUCAACUGUCUUCUGACUGAUUAGAGCGAUGUUGAUGUUGUGCUGUGAUGCCAGCAGAUUCCAGAUUGCAUUUGCAGAUCGCCCAUCAUCUUCAACCAUCAGUGAGUAAAUGGCUUGAAUAGUCUCACAGGAAAUUAAUGAAAAGCACUAUAUAAAGUAGAUGUAUUAUUUACGAUGGUCUGGCAUGUCUGCAGAAAUGUUGCAAUUAUGUAAUGUGUUUUGUUUGAUAAAUUGUUUUGUAAAUAUUAAUUCACAUUUGUGGUACCACUAAAUAAACAAUUAA